AUGGUCAAUCUUGAACGACGACGACAUAUAUACUUUGAAUCAGGUCGUAGACUGAGAGAAGAAAAGCUUCGGAAUGGGAUAUUGUCCUUGACCUCUCAAGGUCUCAAUGGUGACGACUUGAAGCAGAUCCUCAUCAAUUUGAAUCCGCAUUUGCCGACCAAUGCUGAUGAGCCUGCAGGGAAACGACGUCGAGUGGAGGGCAAAGAAGGAUUUAUUGCAAGGCUGUCAUCCUGCUCACACAUUGUUGAAGUGGAUUUGUCUUACAACCAAAGGUUGGGGGCCUUUGGAAUGGACCACAUACAUCUCUUGCCUCCGCAAGUGCAUUCAUUGAACUUGAACAAUUGUGGCCUGAGCGUGGAUGGUUUUCGUAAGAUAUGCAAAUUAAUGGAGACAAACACUACCAUAACACAAUUUCGAUUAUGUGAUACGUACAUGAACAAUGACAAGGCUGAGUGCGUUGGAACAAUGCUAGCAAAGAACAGCACGUUGAAAGAGUUGUCAAUUUCCAUCAAUUGUUUAAUGGGAUUGGGAAAAGAAGGCUGCAAAUUCUUGGGAGAUGGUUUAAGGCAAAACAAACGUUUGAAGCGACUUGGAUACUUUCAAAAGGAAGACCAUGAAGCCCUGUUGUACUUUGCUUCAGUCCUCAUGGACGGAGGUGGCUCUGAAUUGCAGACCUUUCGCAUCCUCACAAAUUCCUUUAGCGAUGCUUCGGCAUUCGAAAGGGUUGUCAUUCCUAAAUGGACAACCGUAUUACAAAAGUGUGAAAACCUGGUAGAUUUGGGCGUUGAUCAUAAUGGUUUGUGGGGCAAGGAAAUCAGUUUUUGGUUAGAGUUAAACUCCUUUCAGGCUCGUCAAGUAACUCGCGCUGGGAAAUCAAAAGAACUGGCAGAUACACUUGAGAAAGCUUCUCGAAGGAAACGUGUGGAUGUGGUGUACUUUUUGAUUCAAAAUAAUUGUCGUUUGUUUGGGUCCUAA